GCGAGCAGGCUCUGGGGCUGCCCCAGCGGGAGAGACACGCGGAGCCGCUCUGGGACGGCCCUGCCCGUCCCCGCGACACCAGGGAGCAGCGAUAAGGAAGAGCUCCCUGCGCUUCCGGCCCGUGAGCACCGGGAAGGGGCGAGGAGCAGGGCCCAUGCGCUUCCCCGUGACCGAAACAGCGGAGAGGAGCGCCGAACGCGGCGCUGCGCGCGCGACGGCUGCCGGCCGUAUUCCCUGUACGCGGGGGCGCGGCGCAGGCAGUCGUGGCGGCAGCACUGGCUUGUGGACACGCGAUGGCAGCCGUGAGCGCGGCAGUGCGCGUGCGCGCCCGCCGUUCCUGCGCAGUGCCGCACUUCCAACGUGCGAUGGCAACAACGAGCGCGCCGGGAUGGAGUGCGCAUGCGCUCGCUUUGCUGCUGCAGUACCACUUUCUUGACACGCGAGGGCAGCAGCGCGGGCGGCGGAGUGGAGUGCGCAUGCGCGCUUGGUGGUGUUGGUCUCAAGCUUGAAAACUGCCCGAUGAAUUUGCUUAUAAACUUUGCUGCACACUACCAGUACUAAUUCACUGCCAUUGCCUUACCUCAUCUACCGUUAUUUACGGUGCUUCUGCUAGAUACUGAUUCUCUGUAUUUCAUACUCAAUCCCUUUAUACUAGAGACUUUAUUAACAAAGCUUUCACUUAACGUUCCAAAAAUGCCCUACUGACAAAAAAUACUGGCAGCUUUAUAAUAUAAAUACUCUAUUGCUUAAUGGGACGGUUUCCACCAUUCAACGAGGAACAGUCUUCUUUAGGACUUUCAACCUGUUGCUUUUAUUGACUGUCAACAAAUAGCCAAAAGCGAGCUGUAUUUUCUUGACCGACUGCUCCGUUUUUAAUAUUAAUCAGUAGGAGAUGUUUGCAGAGAGCACUUCUACCGCGUUAAAGCAGGAGAACAUUAGUAUUCUGAUCACCUUUUGGGGCACUACAGGCUUUUGCAACAGUGACCACAGCCUAAAAGGCUAUUAAUAUCAGGAAAAGGCGGGAUUACGCACUCCUAGAGCAGAGGGACGGGACAGACGCCCCCCACUAGCCGCCUGCGCGGAGCUCACCGGUGUCACGACCGACGCAGCGCUACCCUCCCGACGUGCCCCGAGGCAGCCCAGCGCCGCGCCGGAAGUCGCGUACCGGAAGAGCAGCUUUCCCGCCGGAGCUGCUCUGCAGCGCCGAUUCCCGACGAGCUCGGCGCGCAGGCCUUCAUCCCCGGCGCUCUCUUGACGUCAUCGCUCCGCGCCGUAGCGCGAGGGGCUCGGUGGCCACCAUGGUGCAGCUGGCUAGCCGCCUGCUGAGGAACUACCGCGGCGGGCAGGUCGUGAUCCGCUUCGCGCUCGGCGGCUGCACCAACCGGCCCUUCUUCCGCCUCGUGGCGGCGCACAGCAAGCGCGCCCGCGACGGGAAGUACCUGGAGCAGCUCGGCUGCCUCGACCCGCUGCCCAACGCUUGCGGCGAGAAGGUGGCGGGGCUCAACCUCGAGCGGCUGCGGCACUGGUUGGGCUGCGGUGCACAGCUCUCGCGGCCCGCCGAGAAGCUGCUGGGCCUGGCGGGCUUCCUGCCGCUCCACCCCAUGACGGUGACCGGCGCCGAGAGGCUGAGGCGGCGGCGGCGAGCACAGGAGGCCGACGGAGCGCCCUGAAUGACGCUGCACGGCUGCCUGGCAUCCCUGGACAGCAGCCCACCAGUGCCCUGCCCCGUGGUGCCCGACUGCAUUAAACAUGUUCUCUGUGCACCCUU